UCAAACCCAUGGCUUCACCGUGCCGAAAAUCGCAUGUAUAAGGCCUGGUUGACUCACUGCGCACUCAUGUUUGACACUUCCAUAUCUUGAAAUGCAUUUCUGUUUGCAUGACUGUUUCACCCAGAUUGGCCAGAUGUGUGUGUGCAGUCAUAGUGAUGUUGGAAGUGACCGCAAGUUCAAAUCUGCUAGAUGAUAAGGUUGGAGACGGUGAUGUUUCACUGAUUUUCUGCUGCAAGUGGGGAAAUGUUAGUGUGGGAACGGGGCGGCGGAUAACAAAAGCACAUACCGCGGGGAGGCUAGCUAUGCAUCGCAUUGCUUAUCUUCUCUGCGUGUGCAACCUUACGCAACUCGUUGCUCAACUUACUCGACACACCUUGCAGCUUAUCCGGAAGGCAGCAGCCCAUUCUGAUCUAUGAACGCAGCACGGCUGUCGAUCUGUGCUAAGGCUACCCUCGAAAGCAACGAGGGCCAAGCAGCUUUGCAAGAGCGAGCGCUGCUGAUCUGCUGGAAAGCCCGUCGCGGCCGGAAGUUU